AUGGCUGUGGACAAUACUACAGCAGUGUUUGAGUUUCUCCUUAUUGGAACCUCCAACUAUCCUGAGUGGAUAAUCACAUUUUUCACAUAUGUGUUAAUAACUUACCUCAGCACUUUGUUGGGGAAUGGCCUCAUCAUAAUUCGUAUACACAUUGACUCCUGCCUCCACAAUCCAAUGUAGUUUUUUCUUAGUAACCUCUUAGACCUUUCCUAUGGAACACUCCUUAUGCCCCAGGCCUUGUUGCAUUGUUUUCCUGCUCCUCCUCACCUCUUUGUUCUCCAAAUGAGUGUCUCCUUGUUCUUGGCCACAGCAGAGUGCCUCCUACUGGCUGUGACCUAUGACCAAAUGCUUGUUGUCAGCAAUCCCCUGUACUAUUCUAUGGUCAUAAAUGGCCCAGUGGGUGUCUGGUUGGCUUCCACCUUGUGGGGAGUACUUGUGCUCACUGCCGUGCUCAUCUUACCUCUGCGUCUUCCCUUCUUUGGGGUUAAUGUCAUCAACCAUUUUGUCUGUGAGACUCUCUCCCUCCUCAAGCUGACUUGUUUUGAUACCAGCUUCAAUAAGCUUAUGAUCCUUAUCACAGAUAUCUUCACCUUACUCUUACCCUUUGGGUUUGUUCUUCUUUCCUAUGUCCAAAUUGUCACUGCUGUCCUAAAGAUUUACUCAGUCCUGGGUAGGCUCAAGGCCUUUACUACCUGCGAUUCUCAUUUAAGUGUGACAGUAUUCUGUGGGGCAGCCAUCUCUAUGUAUGUGAAACAUCAGUUCAAGUCAUCCCCUGACCAACACAAGUGCACCUCAGUAUUUUAUGGGGCUUUGACACCCAUGAUAAGCUUUUUAAUAUAUAGCCUGAGGAACAGAGAUAUUAAAGAGGUAAUGAGAAAAGUUAUGGUGAAAAGGGCAUAA